AUUUGUGUAGUAUUAACACUAUUCAGGGCAAAGCACGAUUGUGGUGUUAAUUACGUGAUUGCGUAAUCGUCCUCACCACCGAAUCCUGGACUCGUUUAAGGCCAUCGCCUAGCGCGCGCUAAGUAGCUUCCCCUGUUAAUGGAAGUUUGUUAAGAUACCGCUACGCUCACUUAAGAGCUUGUAGUUUGCGUCGGCCUAUAUUCCAACUUGCACUACCGGUAUAGAGCAACUCGCCACAGCUGUAAGCAGCCAUGCCGAUCUACGGUCUGCCUUACUCUGACGACCAGCUUUUUAACCUGCUGAACCUUGCGCUGCCAGCCUGGAUUUUGCUCGCGGUUGCUCCGCGAUGGCGAUACACCCAGAUCAUUAGCACGGCAACGGCGCUGCUGAUGUCCGCGCUGUAUGUCGCCCUGUUCGUGACCAUGAAGGUGUCACCUCCGGAGGGCGAGCAGCUGGACUUCAACGAGUUGUUCACCUUCGAGGGUGUGGCCCGGGCGCUGUCCACCCGCUCCAUCGUGUUGCCCGCCUGGACGCACUACAUCGCCUUCGACCUCUGGGUGGGUCGCUGGAUUGCUGCCGACGCUGUGUCCCGGGGUGUGCCGCAGCUGCUGGUGGGCCCCUGCCUGCUAGCAACCCUUCUCGUGGGCCCCACGGGUCUGCUGCUGUACUGGCUGGUGCGAGCGC